CGCUCACUUCCGGAUCUGGAGAUAAACGGUUUUUCGGCGACACGAACUGCAGAAGGGAUUUUAUUUUAGUUUUAUGACGUCCAAAGGGUGAUUGGAUUUGUGGAUAUACGAUUUUGUAGCUUCGUUUCUUUCAAUGCUCCUGUGACUGAGUGAAGGCAGAGUUGUUGGAUAUCGACGCAUUUUUCUCGUGGACAAGAGGUGAUGAGAAAUUCUCCAGAACCGUAGGAAAUUCCUGCUCAAAUUAGCACAAUCUGGAGCAGAGAGUGGAGUGAUAGGCCAUCUCUCCUGCUUGUGAGUUGUAUUCGUUGUGAGACGCCAUCUUUGUUCUUUGGCAACAGCAGACAAGUCUGCGACUGUUUCACGUAUUCGAUUGGACAAGGAGUAUUGCUUCACAGAACCAUCACCUCAUCUUUCUCUUUUAGUCUCCCACACUCAUUUUUGUGACGUCAAGGAUGGAGAAUUGUGAGGACGAGGCUAAGGGUCGCGGGUCAAAGGGCAGCAUCAAGCUCAAAAGACAAACGGGCAAAUCCGCCAGCGUGAAAACGAAGAAAAGAGACAGCAAAACGAAGAGGGAGGAGGUUCAGAGGUCACACUCCGAGGAGCCG